AUGGACAACUUAUCGUUGAAAAAAACUCAAGUAGAUGUUAAACUUUUGCGGUACAUAUUAGUAUUACUAAACAUGCCAAAAGAAGAACUCAUAGAAAUAUCAAAUUAUUCAGAAAAUACUGACCAGUCAAGAUUCACUUCGUCAAGACGAAAUAAUGAUACAGGAUAUGGCGAAUGUAAUCAGCAACUACCGAAGUAUAGAACGGAAACUUCACGCAAUAUGCGAGGAGGCAAAGUGUCAACAACAGAAACCUUUUAG